AACUCGAUUUCAAGCGUUUCAAGCCAAAAGAACAAACCGAAAAAAAACCCCGCCUGGAUUAAGACAAAUAAAACCACCUGAGGAAUCUUGGCCUCGUCACCACGGUUACUGCAAGGUGAUGCGACGUAGCAUCACCUACAGCGACUCAGGCCUCCGUGACAGUCCCAGAAGGAUAAUGUCACGAUGCGAUGACAUCCUUCCACUGCCAUUUAUGUCCUCUCAUCGUUUCAAAGAAAGUGCUUUCUGUAAACACCGUCGUUGAUUGCAGGUGUGAGUCUGUUGUUCGCAAAAAGAAAAACCUCACAGCCCAAAAUCCCCAGUUGCUGUUACCGAAAUACAUUUGGUAUUUGGUACGUUGCAAAACCACGAGGCACUGUUUCCUGGUAUAUUUAAAUGCAGUUUACAUUAUGUCUCUUUCAUGCCUUGUCAUUUUCCAACUUAUAUGAAAUGUAAACUUGGGUAGAAGGAUAGAGUUUAUUGAACUAAUCUCUAGAUGUUCAUUUUUGUCCUGAGUUUGUAAUCACAUUAAUAAGUUUAAUGAAAACGUUACAGAAUGUACACAUAGUAAUAAUCUUUCUACAUCUUAUGGUAUGUUGUGUAUCUUUCUUUUUAAAGAAAUAAUACAGCAGACUGACAUAAUUUCAGGGAAAACAAUAUGAAUUUUGUUGAUGUUAUUUUCAUUCUUAGGAGCGGAAAUUCCAUGAAAACUUGAAUAGGGUGCCUACAUCUUGAGCUUCUCCCUGUUCCCUCCCUGCUGGCACAGGAAUGGGCUGUCAUAAAUGUGUCUGACGGAUAAAAAUAUUGUCAGGUUGGCAGGACAUGCACUGUCUUGUCCAAGUUAGCAGAUCUCGCAGUGACAGCAGGAAAAUAGUUCCUGAAACGUGCCUCCUUGUCUUUCAGGCGCAAUUUGCAACUAUAUUCAAAACAUGGCAAUUUUAAAAUUACAGUCAAGAAAAGGCGCCUCAACAAGUGUGAAGUGUGACAGCGGGAACUACGUGGUUUUACUAAUCCGAGUAUUAUUUUAAAAUUCUUUUCAAAUGUUGCCAUUAACCUGCCUCAAUUAUUAAUACAUAUAAUCAUAUUAAACAUGUACAAAUAACAUUAAAAUCAAAUUGCCAUGAGCUCUUAAAUGUUACAAAUUUCAUAUACUAUCCAGGCUGUGGUUUAAAACAGGCAUCAGAGGGACAGUUUUAUAUUGCAACAGAAAUACCACAUGCUGGUGUUUUCUCAGAAAGAAAUACCCUUAAUAAUAAUAUUCCUUGUUUUAUAGUCGGUCCCCCUUGUCCGGCCCUGUUUGUUGGUCUGGCUCCUCCCCCAGAUAUGGAAAUGAACCUUGUGCCAUAGAUAUGAGGGUGAAGAUGAGGUUUGCAGCAGAUUUCCAGCCUGCAUACAGACAGCCUCCUGGCUCACAGCCAACGUAUGCAAGUCCUCUCUAGCCAACCAGAAUUCCUGUUGCCGAUCACCUGACCUUGAAUUCCCAGACAAAGAAAUGCUUUUUUUUUUUUUUUUUUUUAGAAGCGAGCUCCUUUAGCCUGAGAGUGGGGGGUAAAGAAAAAAUUUGAGCCACACGUUGGAUUUAAAGUUGCGUGCACCAGAGUUUAUGGGUACGUGCAUUGCAUUGUUCGCUUAGUAGCACAGUGGUAUAUGCUUUUUUCUGUUCAGCCUUUUUUUUGCAGCAGAUUUUACAUAUUGACUUGUGGUAUUUCUGGAGAGUUGUUACGGUGCAUCUGUUCCAGGGAACUUAAAGGGAAACCGUCACUUUAAAUGCAAAAAAGGGAAGCUAGACUUUUCAGCCGGCUACGGAAGGACAUGCGCUGGGAACAAGCUUUUCAGAGGAUACAUGUUUGCAAGAUGUGGUUGUGGUUUCUCAGAUCCUUGCAUUUGCCUGUUUGAAGCGAAGCCGGGAGAUUUUUCCUGCUGUAUUUCUUGACUCUGCUAUACUAAACUUGACAGUGCAUGUUUGCAAUGGUAGCUGUGCAUUAAAGAUUUGAGAUGCAUUUGUGUUUCUCUCUGUUAUUUCAGUUAACCCCGAGAAGGUGACAGAGAACAUUGAAAAGCACAAAAUUGCUGUAUUUUAUUGUCAAAUUUACUCAGAGGGCCAGGAACUUGCAUUUUAAAAAUUCUUUUAAAAAUCUGUUGAUAAAAACGAGCCACUAAUGUGCUCAUUACAAUAAGGGAUAUUGUGAUUUUUUUUUUCCUUAUGAAAAAAAAGAAAAAGAGACUUGCCACUUGAAGGCAGAGCAAAAAGCCAAGCUGGCUUCUGUGAUGGACACGACAGAGGGGCCAGAGAGGCCCCAGCUCCAGAAGGAGGAGGACACCGUAAUCCCCAGCCCCCCACCUCUCCAGCAGCAGCCCACCGACCCCGCGUCUCCAACCGUGGCCACCACCCCAGAGCCAAUUUCCACAGGGGGCGGAGACAAGGCCACACCCCAGUCCACGGAUAUGGAGCUGGAGUACGAGGACGGCCGUGGUUUCGGGAUCGGGGAGCUGGUGUGGGGGAAGCUGCGGGGCUUUUCCUGGUGGCCCGGGCGCAUAGUGUCCUGGUGGAUGACCGGCCGGAGCCGGGCCGCGGAGGGAACCAGAUGGGUCAUGUGGUUUGGGGACGGCAAAUUCUCCGUGGUGUGUGUGGAGAAACUGAUGCCUUUAAGUUCAUUUUCCAAUGCAUUUCACCAGCCAACCUACAACAAGCAGCCCAUGUACAAGAAAGCAAUCUACGAGGUGCUACAGGUAGCAAGCAGCAGGGCCGGUAAGAUCUUCCGCACUUGUCCAGACAGCGACGAAACAGACACUUCCAAGACCGUGGAUAUGCAGAACAAGGAGAUGAUUGAGUGGGCCAUAGCGGGCUUCCAGCCCACUGGUCCCAAGUGCUUGGAACCCCCUGAAGAGGAGCGUAAUCCGUAUAAGGAGGUGUACCCCGAGAUGUGGAUCGAACCUGAAGCCGCAGCCUACUCCUCGCCACCACCAGCCAAAAAACCACGCAAAAACACAGCAGAGAAGCCCAGGAUUAAGGAAAUCAUCGACGAGGGGACUCGAGAGAGACUUGUCUACGACGUGCGACAGAAAUGCAGAAAUAUAGAAGAUAUUUGCAUCUCUUGCGGAAGCCUGAACGUAUCCCUGGAACAUCCGCUGUUCACGGGAGGCAUGUGUCAAAGUUGCAAGAACUGCUUCCUGGAAUGUGCCUACCAGUAUGACGAUGAUGGAUACCAGUCCUACUGCACAAUCUGCUGCGGAGGACGCGAGGUGCUCAUGUGUGGGAACAACAACUGCUGUCGGUGCUUCUGCGUGGAAUGUGUUGACCUCUUGGUGGGUCCAGGGGCGGCCCAGGCAGCCAUUAAGGAAGACCCCUGGAACUGCUACAUGUGCGGCCGGCAAGGCGUGUUCGGGCUCCUGGAGCGCCGGACUGACUGGCCCUGCCGCCUGCAGCAUUUCUUUGCCAAUAACCACGACCAGGAUUUCGAUCCGCCGAAGCUUUAUCCACCAGUCCUUGCUGAAAAAAGGAAGCCCAUUAGGGUCCUGUCACUCUUUGAUGGCAUCGCGACGGGCUUGCUGGUGCUAAAGGAGCUGGGGAUAGAGGUGGAAUGCUACAUUGCCUCAGAGGUGUGUGAGGACUCCAUAACCGUGGGCAUCGUGCGGCACCAUGGCCGCAUCAUGUACGUCGGGGACGUGAGGAACGUCACGCGUAAACAUAUACAAGAAUGGGGCCCUUUCGACCUGGUCAUCGGAGGAAGCCCUUGCAAUGACCUCUCCAUCGUAAACCCUGCGCGCAAGGGCCUUUAUGAGGGCACCGGGCGGCUGUUCUUCGAGUUCUACCGACUGCUACAUGAGGCGCGACCCAAGGAAGCCGACGACCGUCCAUUCUUUUGGCUCUUUGAGAACGUCGUGGCGAUGGGCGUCAGCGACAAGAGGGACAUCUCUCGUUUCCUGGAGUGCAACCCAGUGAUGAUUGAUGCCAAAGAGGUUUCAGCUGCCCACCGAGCCCGUUACUUCUGGGGUAACCUCCCUGGGAUGAACAGACCACUAACUGCCAUGAGCAGUGACAAGCUGGACCUGCAGGACUGUCUGGAGCACGGCAGGACGGCCAAGUUUGGAAAAGUAAGGACCAUAACAACUAGGUCCAAUUCCAUCAAGCAGGGCAAAGACCAGCAUUUUCCUGUCUAUAUGAACGAUAAGGAGGACAUUCUGUGGUGCACCGAAAUGGAAAGGGUGUUUGGCUUCCCUGUCCAUUACACGGACGUGUCCAACAUGAGCCGGCUGGCAAGGCAGAGGCUGCUGGGGAGGUCAUGGAGUGUUCCGGUGAUUCGCCACCUGUUUGCGCCGCUCAAAGAUUACUUUGCGUGUAUUUAAACCACCCGCAGUAUUGCCACGAGCAAGAAAAAUCGAUGAGAAUGGGUAGAAAUACUCUCUACAUUACGGUUUUGUUUAAAGCUAGAUUUUUUUUUUUUACUUUAUGACUUGUAUUUGAAAUGCUAUUCUUUUAUAUUAUUUAAUUUUUGUAAUGCAAUUUUAAUUUUCAGCUUUGUUACCCAAUAUUAUACAAACUGAUUUAUGUGUGCAAGCUGUACUUGAGGCAAGACGUUUCUUUUUUUUUACAGCACUGAUAAAAGAAAAAACAUUUGUCUGAUGAGAUUAUAAAACAUCCGAAGAAUAUCGUCCACCAAUACCCCCUUCGGUGCUCCUCAUUAUGAGAUUUUUACACAAAUAAGCUGUAUAAGGGCUUGUCGUAGUAACGUUUUGAUGGUGAUGCAAAACUAAAAUCGUUAAAUAAUGAUCAUAUAUUCAAAGAGAGGCUCACAAGUUCAAAAACACUAAUUCAAUAUUAGACCACUAAAGUAUAUUUUUAUGACUCGCGAACGUCUUAAACAAGCCAAUUUACCCUUUAGCUAGCCAGCUGAAUUAAGUAGCUACUAAUAGCUAUCAUUGAUUCUGUCUCGCUAAGCACAACAAAUGGCUUAAAUUUAAUCGAAUGUUGCCACCAAGCGCAGCCCUUGCCAAGCGGAGGCAGGUUGUAGUGGGGUUUACGAUGUUGAGAGGAACUCUAAGAAGAUGUCGCGUAAAGAGGCUAGCAGUACUGACCUCAGGUCAAAUGCAUCAGGGUGUGAUGAGACACGUCAGCCAUUAGAGAGCUAGGAGCAUGAAGCGCACCACAGGAUAGAAAUGCCAUGAUCUCUUGAAUUUCUCUUUAUUUUAGACCCUUCCGUGAUUUCCCUGGGCAGCACUGUGGGGUAUAGAUGGAACAGGUCUGUUUUAUGGUCACAUGUAUAGGCAUGUUAAUUGGGGAAUCGGUCACAGUGCGCUGUUAAAGGAUCAUACCUAGAGUGUCCUCCACUCAAACCUUCCCUCCGGAUUUCAGUUACUGAGCCUCAGAGAGCUUGGAAACAAGCCAGCAAACCUUUAUCAUCCGUGGAGCUGGGGGCUCCGGCCUCCGGCUGACUCUCGACGGUCAGUUCAUUCACAGUAUGCUUCCUGUUUACAGUCCAUAGCGCAAACGGUACCGCUGCAAAAUGGCAACAAUUCUAUGGUGCUUCAAGGAUGAUGAAAAACAUCCGCUCUCAUGUGGCCUUAACAAGCUUAAAUAUAGUCAGGGAACGCUGGAGGCAGCUGCCAGGUUGGACGCAAGCGUUUCGCUUCCCUUUUGGUCACAGUAAAAAUGAACAAAAUAAGUGGAAGGCGGGACUUCCUCUGGCCUUUUGAUGUCUUGAGGGGAGGCCCGCUAUGAUAAGAUGCCACUUAGCAUUUUAUCUCUACCACAGCUUUUGUACACAGAACUGGUGCUCUCUCUCUAACCCCUACGGCCUUCUCCUGUGGCAGCACAAACCAAACCAGCCAAGUGGGCAGCGAUGUUUUUUGUCAUCCAAAAAAAAAAUUCCUCAAGAUCGAAGACCGCUUCAGAUCAAAUGUGACAUUUUCUAGUUUUACGCAGACUGACGUAAAAUCUACUGUAAAAACGGGCAAGAAUGGGAGUCGCCGGGCCGCGUUUUCGCACCCUGGUGAACAACCCCUUUACCGAUUGACACUAUACGCUUCUUCAGUCAGGUGCAAAUAUUACAAUAUGGUGCGGCUCAACAUUAGUCUUCUGUUUUAUAUCUUUUUUUUAAUUAAAAUAUUUUUGUUGUUUUUUUUUUUUUUUUGUUUUUACCUCCAAAUUUUUGAUGUCCCCUUUUUUGUGUGUUUGGUUUAACCCCUGUAGUACUUAAUCAUAUAGGGCUGUGCCAAUAGAAUAGCCAAUGACAAAAAAAAGGGGAGUCGGUAUUUUUGUAAUUAGAAUUCUAUCAGCUAACAAAACAACUCCGCUAUCGCAAUUUAGCGCGAUGGGAGUACAACUACAUACCUUCCAUAAAAAUGUUACUCCCCUUUUUUUCCACUUCCUCUGUUUAUGGUAGUUUGUUACUGUGUAACAGUUGGCAUGUUUGAGUGUUACUAUUUCCAUACGGCCUUGGCAAAAGUAUCCGGCACCCCUGGAUUCUCAAAAUUUGGAAGGUAAAGAAUAAAUUUCCCCCAAGAAUUUCCCCCUGGGAUCAAUAAUGCUUAUCUUAAAAAUAUUAACCAAUUAGGUUUUAAAUUCAGGGUUGCCUGGCACCUUUGACCACAGGCUGUACAAUCGGUAGUAGCGUGUACAGUAUACUUGAGAAAAUAACUGCUUCUGAAAGUCUACCAGAUCACGCCUAGUGAUUUUCUGCUCUAUCCCUGCAAUCAGUAUCUUUGUCUCUUACCCUAAUCCUAGAUAAACUUCACCCAAAUUUGCCCCUAGAAGAGUUUGUCUAGAAGAGUUUCACGUGAGUCCACUCAAUUUAAAACUUCCUGAGUGGUAAUAAACAGUAAAAAAAAAGAAAAAAGUAGUGGUUGUUGUGGGAACUGAGUAAACCGCCACACAAGUUCAUGAAUAGCAGGCGACGCAAUUCCAAAUGAUUAAUCUGAUGAGUUUGGUGUAUUUUGACUGAAAAAAAUGACCCCGAUUUAGACAAACUAUGACAGAAGGCUACAGCCAGAAGUAAACUGGUUUUUUAAUCUGUUCUUAACCAUUGCACUGCAUUUAUUGGGACAGCUUCCAUUUAUUACUACAGUAUAUUCCCCAAUCCUUGGCAAUUCCUAGAUUUUUUUAUACAAAGACAGGUUGGCCUACUGUUUUCGGUUUGUUACGACUUUUUAAAUUACCUAUGGGAUGUACAAAUGAUUUCUUUGCAUAUAUAUAAUGAAAUAGUAAAGAUUAGGUUAAAGAAACAUUAUAAAUGAAUUUGUGUAAACAAAAAUAAGCUACUACGUGUAGGGACAGCGAGUUUGAACACAACUCGAAGUCCCUUUUUGUAUUUAUAGAUGGUUUUAUGUCUGGCUGAAUAGUGUAUUGUCAUAAAUUUGUCGAGUGAUCUUAACAAUAACCUAUUGAAUAGUUUUGCAUUUGUUUUUUUCUGCACAACCUACACAGCCCUACAUACACUAUUAUUUGUUUCCUUUUCAAAUAUAUCUAUAUCUAUCUAUCUAUAUAUAUAUGGAGGGAUUGUUGGAGUUUCAUAAGGUGCUAAACAUUUUAUCUCAAUGAAAUAUAUUAUUAGAAAAAUUAAAUCAGUUUAUUCUGACAAUGACUGUUUUUAAGUUCCGGCAUUUUUUUUUUUUUUUUUUUUAUUUCGCUCUUAUCUGAAAACAUUUUAGAAAAGGCAUUUUAACUUUGUACUUGAAAAAAAGAGGAAAUAAAAUACAGAAUUGCAAUUUAUUUUAACUGAGGCAACACUGAGGUCCCUUUAUUUGGGGAGAAUGUGUAAUAAUAUUUGAAAUUCAAAAAAUAAUUUGGGGGAAAAAAACUUUACUGUUACAAAUCUGAUUCCCUAACAUAAAUGAUUUAACAUUCCAGCUGUUGGUCGUUUUGUUUUUUCCUCCACUGGUCAUUUCCACUGUCGCUUUGGUAUUUAUUGACAUAUACUGAUAUACUGUACAUUUUAGUUAAGCUUUUUGCAGGUUGGUUCUCUGCAUUUCUUAAGUGACUGUAUUUCUGUGUACCAUUUGUUUUGUGUUAUUGCGUUUAAUGGAUUAUAACCCCCCCCCCCCCCCCCACUCACCCACCACCCCCCAGGUCAGUGAAUAUACUCAAUGUAGCAGUAAAACUGGUGCAACCUCUCCAACUAUUUUUGUUUCAGUACCUGGAAGACGAGAAAAGAAAGGCUGUCUUAUGUACUUGUGCUGGAGAACACUUGAAUAAAUGUACUGUUUUGUGCAAAAAGUU